AUGGCGUUUACGUAUCGCGCGUCCUUGCCGACUCCGGUCACCCCGUCCAUGCCGCUAUGUGCCCCUCUAGCGGAACAAAUCGAUCCAUUGCCCAUUACCCCUCCGGACCAUAUUGAGCACUUUGACGAUAAGACUUUCAAGCCCGACAGCAGGAUCAUACAGCGCGCGCUGCACUGUCUGGCCACCGAGCGGUCAGCGCUGGCACAUCUGGAGGAUUUGUAUCGUUCGUCUGCCGAAGCGCAGAUCGCUCUGCUGGGAUCGGUGACCCAGAUUAUUCACAGCGAGACCCAUUCCGGCAAGGUGAUAUUCACAGGCAUUGGGAAAUCUGGCCACAUUGCGACCAAGCUCUGCGCGACGUUCAACUCCUUAGGCAUACAAUCUGUUUGUCUACAUCCAGCUGAGGCGCUUCAUGGAGAUCUUGGCGUUAUUCGGCCCAACGACACCAUUAUCAUGAUCACUUUCUCCGGGAGGACACCGGAGCUACUAGCACUUGUCCAGCAUAUACCAUCGACCAUUCCUCUUGUCAUCAUGACUGCCCAUGUCAACCCCAGGACGUGCUCACUUCUAAAUCAUCCCAAUCGAUCCGGUGCAAAGAACUUCCUUCUUCCCACAGUUUUACAUGAAAGCGAAACGUCGUCUUUCGGCUUCUCUGCACCUACAACAUCCACGACUAUCACUCUUGCACUCGGAGACAGUCUUGCUCUGAGCGUUGCCGACACCCUUCAUUCUACUGCAGGACUUGAGACCCCACAGGUCUUCGCAGCAAACCAUCCUGGCGGCGCUAUCGGCGCGGCGUACUCGGAUCCAAAGGCCGCUGUCCAGCGAAUGUCCAGCAUCGCCACAUCCGUGGCCGAAAUCCCGAUUGUUACCGGCCGGGAUGGGCAUUGUCUGCGUUGCCUCGACGUUCUUCUCGCAGCAGCUCGGUCGCCCAGUGGAUUCGUCCGGACAGGUGCCCAGCACAUGAUUGGCCCGCGUCGGAUACAGAAGAUGGACGAUCCGUCGCUAAUCGUAGAUGUGCUCUACGACGACUUUGGGCGAGUUGUAGUAGAGAAGACAGACUGGAUUUCCAUCCUCGGAGAGACACCUGUCCAGGAAGCUACACAGUGGAUAUCGAAGAUGCGGAACGAGGGCGAGGGACGGGGAAAGGAUUUUUUACGGCACGGCACCAUCCUGGGCAUCGUCCAAAACAACGAGGUUACCGGCGUUGUGGAGAUCGAGGAAUUGCUUGGUGAGGAUUUCGUGUAG